CCCAGCAGGAUGGGUGAUGCUGAGAGCUGCCUGCUCAGACAACAGACACGCGAGGUCAGGAAGAAGCCGCUUAUAAAUUACCGCUUCCUCCGCGCCGCCGCCAGCGCCGAGCUCCGGGCCCUGGCCGCAGCUCCGCUCGCUUGCCAGCUCCGAGCCCCGAGGACCGCGAGCCCAGAGACCCAGCCACGCGGAGAAGGAGCGUGGAGCGCGGAGCCCGCGGGCCGGAGACCGAGAAGGAGGGCAGCCCCCGGCCAGUGGAAUCGAGCGCAGCCGAGCGCAGCGCCGCGGCCACCCCAGGACAACUGGACGGCGCCCUGAGAUUCUGCAUUUCUAACCAGCUCCCCGGCGGUUGGCAAGGCUGCUGGUCUGGGAGUAGAGGGGGUCAGUGCCAGCUCUUGGGCGCCUAGGACCCUUCCUGAAGCAGGCCGGGUGCCUGGUCAGCAUCAUCUGCAUAACCAUCAGGAGAGAUUCCGAGAUUCCCAUUUUGCAUGUGAAAAGUUGAAGCCCCAGAGACAGCAGGUCCAGAACAGCCCUUGCUGAGGAGCCUCCAAAACCCAUCCUUUCUGUCCUGGUGCUGUCGAGAGAAGAGUCUCUGCUCUACGGCUUCCUGGCUGUGUGACCUCCGGCCAGCCUCAUCUCCUGCCUGGGCUCCAGUGACUGGCAGCAAGUAAGGGAAAGCAGUUUGGCAUAUUGGAAAGCUUGAAAGCGAGGAGGACAUGGCCACCAAGGAAAAGCUGCAGUGUCUGAAGGACUUUCACAAAGACAUCCUGAAGCCAUCCCCAGGGAAGAGCCCAGGCACGCGGCCCGAAGAUGAGGCCGAGGGGAAGCCCCCUCAGAGGGAGAAGUGGUCCAGCAAGAUCGACUUUGUGCUCUCCGUGGCUGGCGGCUUUGUCGGCUUGGGCAACGUCUGGCGUUUCCCCUACCUCUGCUACAAAAAUGGUGGAGGUGCAUUUCUCAUACCGUAUUUUAUUUUCCUGUUUGGCGGCGGCCUGCCUGUGUUUUUCCUAGAGGUAAUCAUAGGCCAGUACACCUCUGAAGGGGGCAUCACCUGCUGGGAAAAGAUCUGCCCCUUGUUCUCCGGCAUCGGCUACGCCUCCAUCGUGAUCGUGUCCCUUCUGAAUGUCUACUACGUAAUCAUCCUGGCCUGGGCCACGUACUACCUGUUCCAGUCCUUCCAGUCGGAGCUGCCCUGGGCGCACUGUAACCACAGCUGGAACACGCCCCAGUGUAUGGAAGACACUAUGCGCAAGAACAAAAGCCUAUGGCUCACCCUCAGCGCCAACAACUUCACCUCGCCCGUCACCGAGUUCUGGGAGCGCAACGUGCUGAGCUUAUCUUCUGGGAUCGACGACCCUGGCUCCUUGAAGUGGGACCUUGCUCUCUGCCUUCUCCUUGUCUGGCUGGUCUGCUUCUUCUGCAUUUGGAAGGGUGUCAAGUCCACGGGAAAAGUCGUCUACUUCACGGCCACGUUCCCAUUCGCUAUGCUCCUGGUGCUGCUGGUCCGUGGACUGACGUUGCCCGGUGCAGGCGCAGGCAUCAAGUUUUAUCUGUACCCCGACAUCAGCCGCCUCGAGGACCCGCAGGUAUGGAUUGAUGCUGGGACCCAAAUAUUCUUCUCCUAUGCCAUCUGCCUGGGGGCCAUGACCUCUCUGGGGAGCUACAACAAGUACAAGUACAACUCGUACAGGGACUGUAUGCUGCUGGGAUGCCUGAACAGUGGUACCAGUUUUGUGUCUGGCUUCGCAAUUUUUUCCAUCCUGGGCUUCAUGGCACAAGAGCAAGGGGUGGACAUUGCUGAUGUGGCUGAGUCAGGUCCUGGCCUGGCCUUCAUUGCAUACCCAAAAGCCGUGACCAUGAUGCCGCUGCCCACGUUUUGGUCCAUUCUCUUUUUUAUUAUGCUUCUCUUGCUUGGACUGGAUAGCCAGUUUGUUGAAGUCGAAGGACAGGUCACGUCCUUGGUCGACCUUUACCCAUCCUUCCUAAGGAAGGGUUUCCGUCGGGAAAUCUUCAUCGCCUUCGUGUGCAGUGUCAGCUACUUGCUGGGGCUGGCGAUGGUGACGGAGGGUGGCAUGUAUGUGUUUCAACUCUUUGACUACUAUGCAGCUAGCGGUGUAUGCCUUUUGUGGGUUGCAUUCUUUGAAUGUUUUGUUAUUGCCUGGAUAUAUGGGAUGUUUUAUCUUCUCUCUCGUCAAGUACGUCCCCCUGACCUACAACAAAGUCUAUGUGUACCCCACCUGGGCCAUCGGGCUGGGCUGGAGUCUGGCCCUGUCCUCCAUGAUGUGUGUCCCCUUGGUCAUGGUCAUCCGCCUCUGCCAGACGGAAGGGCCGUUCCUCGUGAGACUCAAGUACCUGCUGACCCCGAGGGAACCCAACCGCUGGGCCGUGGAGCGCGAGGGGGCUACGCCCUACAGCUCCCGCCUGGCCAUGAACGGCGCGCUCAUGAAACCGACCCACAUCAUAGUAGAGACCAUGAUGUGAGCCCUCAGGCGGACGGGCUGCUUCCCUGCUGUUUACUAACAUUAGAUUCUCAUAGGACCAGGUUUACAGAGCUUUCUAUUUGCACUAGGAUUGUUUUUUUUUUUAAUUGUCACAGAAAAUGUUACUCUGUGUGUGUGUGUGUGUGUGUGUGUGUGUGGGAGUGUGCGUAUGUGUGUGUGGUAUUGUGCGUGUGUGUAUUUUGUUUUGAUUUGGGGAUAUUUUGUACAAAAAAGAAAACCCACCGGCAGAUGUCCGGCGUGAGGCAGAGCUUUCAUAUUGAAUUAGAUGUAUUUUAUGGGAACUUGGUAAAUUUUUCUUUGUAUUUUUUUUUACAUAUAACUAUAUAUACAUUUAGAGAUUGUCAUACACUUUUACCACUUGAAUUGAUCUUCUUGCCAGCAAUAGAUCUCAUUUUCAAAAGCAAUUCUUCGGUGCUUGCUUAGCUGGCAGAAAGUUCUGCCCCAAAAACACAGGGUGGAAUUUUCCUGGACAGUAGACCCAUUUUAAAGGUGUGGCACCUUCCCAACCUGGUUCAGAUAGAAGUAUACAGCUGGGGCGGAAGAGGCCCCACGGGCUGGCCAGACCCAGAGGGGCUGGAGAAAGAAGGGCCACAAGAAGAUGCUUCGUUACACUUGUCUUAGCCAAGAAGAGAGAUGCCAAAAUAAUGAAUCAACCCCUCAGAUCAAGAGACUGACGUAAAGCGGACAGAUGACGCCAUACAGCGAAAGUCCGCUUCUCUAGAAACAUUGCUCCAGGAGCAAAAUCCCACCUAAUACUUCGAGAUCGAGGUUGGAUAGCCAGAAGGACUGUCGGACAGAUUGUCAGAACCAUUCAUCCGAGGGGGAACGGCAAGAGCUCCCAGGAGGGCUGGGGAGGAUGGUGCCCCGACGUUCAGGAUGCUGACCGCUCGGCUGCUGCCCAGGGCAUCCCAGGCAGCGGUCUGAGGCCAGCCCAGCAGGAGCCAGCAGUCUUGGGGCUCCAAACCUCACACAGAUGGGUCUGUUGCAUUUUAAUGGGGUUCUUUCAGGUUCUGGCCAUUCCCCAGCUGACGUCUCUCGCAGCUGCGUGUAGGAGAGAAGCAUGAUGUAUUUGGUGAGGGACGAGGGGUGAGCCAGUGGACCAAAGGGUGUGGGCCCAGGCGUUCAGAGAGGCCUGGUGUCAGGGAGGGGCGCUUUUCUUUCCUCAUCUCUCCACCCUCAGCUGUGUCCUCAUCUCCCAGAGGCUGGGAGACCUCUGACAAGCUCCCCACCCAGGGCUGCCCCAGCUCCUAGCUGGGAGUGCCAAGAGUGAUUUUGGAGGCUCCCUGGAUCUUGGAUUCAGGCGAAGUGCUCCCAGACCCUCCUCCCGGUUCAGGCACAAGAGCAGCCCUUGGUGGUGAGUCGGGGGAUGGUGAAGCUCUUCCCGUCACAGCUCCCGCAGUAGCCGGUGUUAGAUGCGCACUGUGUGGGGACCGCGGAGAGGAGGCAAGGGAGCGUUUUCUAGAAAGGUGGAAUCGUUCGGGGGGCUAGCACCCCAGAACUGGUUUGACCGAGAACCUGAUUGAGAGCGGCAUUCCUCUAGAACCAGGAGAGAAGGUACUCCACCUUUAAAAUCCUGAGAUGGACACAUCUCCACCCAAGCCCCCAUUUGGACCUAAACUGUGCCAUUUAAACUGUCACUUCCAAGUUCAGAGUCUAAACUAAACAUUGUCACGCACAAACGACAGUGACUGCCUCGUGGGGUAUGGAGAGAGAAGUCCAGCUCGGGUUUUCAGAGUGGGGGCUCUCUGAAUCCUGGAACCCUCUCCCCAGAUUCGGGAGGGGAGGAGCCUCUGGUGUCCCCCUCCCAAGGGGCAGAGGCAAUCCUGAACCUCUUCUCUUUGGCAAGCAUUCACAUUUCACUGUUUCCAGAGCAUAUACUCUGCCAGACAAUACCCAGUCCUAUUCCAAACCGUUAACAAUUCUGUGUUCCUGUUUUUCUGUGUAUUUAUGGUUGCCGCUGUGUCUGAUUUGAUUUUGUUGUUGUUGUUUCCUAAUUUUCCUGAGUAGCAAUGUGACCUAUUUUCCUUUGUCUCACGGAACUUAGUAAACUAACCACUGUCGAUGACUGGGGACAGGUGAUGUAUGGGGAUGAGGGGGGCUUGGCAAGCUGUGGCUGCCUGGGCAUUUGUGGUCAUUUCAAGCUACAACAUCUCCCCUCCCGUGAAAGGCUACAGUAUUUUAAGCUGGUGGGCAAAUUGCAACAUUCUGGAAAUGGCCUGAGAAAGGCUUCUUCUCUAAGAUUCGCAGACCAAAUUCUAGACCAAAGACACAUGCAGACCAAGUCCCCAGGCCCCGCCUGGAAGGAAGGUCAGCCACUUUCUCCAAGCCCGUUCCUCGACAAUCUCCCGGUGCACCUGUCUCCAGUUGGCCCCUCUUGUCUGCUCCCCUAGCCCUUGUGUAUUUGCAGAACUUGGCUCUGUGAGUACAAGGUGUAAUGAUGCGUGACUUUCAUAUGUCUCCACAUAGAGGAAACUUGUCAUUGGAGCUCAUGACUCUGGUCCUCCUGUCUCUGGAGAACAGGCAGUCCGCCCACUCUCUGCCUUGGGAUGGGUCAAAUUCUGGUGCCCCCACGUAGCCCAGUCGGCUGGCUCUGAGAAGGGAUGCAAGGGAGAUGGUUAAAGACUUUUUGAGGAUGUAGAAAUGGGUAAGGGCCUCAGGAUAAAUCCGACCCAGGGAGAUGCUUCAUUAAGCCCGGUACUGGCCGUGUCGGUCCCUACAGUGGACCGUCCUGCGUGGUCAGUGCUCCCCCAGUCAGCGCCCUUGUAAAAUGGAGGAAAUGAGGCCCGGAGUGAGGAGGAGACUGGGCACAGCGAGCAGAGACUAGAACCAGACUGUCCCCAGUCAGUUCCAGCUGCAGGUUCUCCAAGGGGCGUGUGGCGAGUGGCGAGUGCAGCUCCCCAGUAUUCUUCCUGAAGACCAAAGACGAGCCUUUAUGAAAGGAAAGCGCUCUGUCUGCCAGCAUUCAGGACAAGGAGAGCAGCGCUCCCCACCCUCUCACCAUCCUCGGGCCCACUGGACCUCAUGCUGUGGCUCUGUGGCAGGCGCCUGGCCGCCGUCCAGUAGGAGAAGCAGCACCCGUUCACCCUGGCCCUGCACCCCACAGCCCUCUGAGCUAGGAAUUGAGAUCCCGAUUGCACGUGAGGAAACUGAGGCCCAGGGAAGCCAGUUGGGGUACAAGAGGCAGAAUCCCUUAGGCAAGAUUUAGCCUGAGGCCACGUGGGACAUUCCCAGGCAGCGAGAAGUGGCCUUAGAGGAUUUCUGGGUGACACACAGCCCCCUCUCUGUACCUCUGUUCCCUCGCUCUCACCGCAGAUCCCCAGUGCCCGCCCCCCCCAGAAGGUGGUGAAGCACAAGGGGAGUGAGCCAACCUCAGCCUGGCACAGGGUGAUGUGUCACCCAGGUGCCACCACGCAGUGGCCCAUGGCCCAGCAGGCAUCUCCCCAACACGGCCCCUCUGGACGGGGCGAUGCUCCAGGCAGCCAGUGCUAAAGGCAGAGGUCCUCCCUUCCCCCAAGCCUCAGGUACAGGCCAGGAAGGACCCAAGAACAACGUCAAGGUCCCAUCCGGCCCUGAGACCCAAUGUCAGGCAGCCCCAGGCUGGGCUGUCCAUGUGGAGGCUAUAAAUAGCACCGUGCAGAAACCCAACAAGCACAAACCAAACAAAAUCCCAGAUAUCAAAACUCAGAGAGGGGCGUGAGCAACCGGAAGCUGGAGAGCAGCAUCUGCCCCGCCCCCAGCGCCCUGUUGACGCCUGGCCCUGGAAUGCUCUGGUUUGAAUAGGGAGCUACCAUUGUUCUCUCGUGGGUGUCACUACAGACGAGUCUGACAGUCCCUGAGGGAUGGAGCAUCUUGUUACAUAUUUGGCUUCAAACUGAGAUGUUGGCUCCAUUUCUUUCUUUCUUCCCCCGCCCCCAAUUAAUUUUCGAAUCCCUAGCAACUGUGACUCUGUAUUUAGCACAAGAGAAAGCUGAGAACGUGGGUCUUGCCUCCUUCCAGAAAUACGUCUGGCUCAUCAGGACUUUUUUUUAAAACUUCAAAAUAUUUUUAAGAUAUUUUAAACUUUUGUAAAAAAAAAAAAA